UGUCAACAGAAUGAAAGUGACAGUUCCUGAAAGUGAAGCUGUAUUUCCAGGGCACCAGCACUCUACAAUGGAUGAAGAGGGAUAGGAAAGUGUCUCCAUUUAAGCAUUACGGAGUGUGAGGUCUGUGUGGUUUCCAAAGUCCAGUUUGAAAGGUGACAAUUUACAAUUCACAGUUAUGAGAGCAAAGUAUUUGCACAAGAAAAGACAGACAGAACUCUGGUUUUGGUUCUUCUCUUCCACAGGGCUGGACCCAGAGUUCAUUCCAGGCUGGAUAAGGAUGAGUGAAAAUUGGAAGAGGAAUCCUGGUCCCCGUCGUUCUCCAAAAGUUUCAUGCAUUCGAGUUCCUCCAUCUGCUCAGGAUACCUACUUACUGAAGGACCUGAAGCGAGGCCAGAAAUGCUACCUCUACAGCAUCAUGAGAGUUUAUGACAGCAAACCUCUAAGGGAAAUGUUGUCCCAUCAGUACAUGCUCAAUCUCCAGCGCCAGAAUUUGCUUGGUCAUAUUACUGAGCAUGAAGUCCAGUUUUACACCUCCUUUCUGGAUCAAGCUGAAGAGAGAGAACCAAGAAAGGUCUCAGCUAGAAACAGCGCCUCUCUGAAGUCUAGUGUUGGGAGACCUCAGCCAUAGAUCAUAUUCACUGUGAUCAUCUAGUCUGACCUGCUGUAUAACACAGGCCAUAGAACUCUCCCAAAUAAUCCCUGUUUGAACUAGAACCUCUCUUUUAGGAAAAGAUCCAAUGUUGAUUUAAAGAUUGCCAGUGAUGGAAUUUCCACUAUAUCCCAUGAUAAAUUGUUCCAAUGAUUA